AUGGGCGGGAGAAAGGGCAAAGCGCCCCGGUGCCCGGAGGGACCGAGGAGGCCAGACUCAGGGGAGCAGGAGUCCGGCUCUGCCAGCGGCGAGGGCGCGGCCCGCGGGGACCGCCGCCGGGGCCGCGGGAAGGCCGGAGGCCGGGCACCUGCCUUGGAUGCCGCCCUGGGAGGCCAGGGGAGCCCCGGUGGCCGCAGGAAGCCCCCGGCAGAGGGACAGGGCGGCUGCCCGCGGCCCGGGGCUGGUUCUCCGCCAGCUGCUCAGGGGGGGAGGCCGGGCAGUGCCAGGCCCCGGGGGCGCGGGCCCGGGGAGAGCCGGGAGCCCGGGGACGGCCGCGGGGGGCGCCUGGAGGACGGUGCCCCCCGAGGGGAAGGGAGGACCGGCGGGCACGGCCGCCGCCGGAGGAAAGGCAAAGGGCGGGGGCGCAGGGCGCCGCGGAGCCCCGGCGGCGGGGACACGUCGGGCGGGGACCGGGGCAGCUCCUGCCCGGACAGCGAGGCCCGCGGGGACCCGGACAGCGGCAGCCGGGGCGGCGGGACCCCGGAGCCGCGGCCCAGCCCGGAGCAAACGGACGCGAGCUCGGGGGACCCCCAGCCCGGGCCGGCGGCAGCGCGGGCGCAGGGCGCGCCCCGGAGCAGCGACGGCGGGAGCAGCGACUCCGAGCCGCACUGCGUGCCCCGAGGCCGGGGAGGGUCCCUGCGGACCGGGCCCCGGGGAGCGCCGGCGGGCUCCGGGUCCGACACGGACCGGAGGCGGGAGGAGGCCGGGCCUGGGCCGGGCCCGCCGGCAGCCCCAGGGCCAGGGAGCCGGGCCCCGGAGGCCGAGCCGGGGGGCAGGACGGCCACGACCGCCGGCGGCCCCACGAGCUCGCGGGCUCCUGGGGACCCGAGUGCCGCCGGGGCGCGGCCAGAGGCUGAGCCCGGAGGGGCCCCGCGCCGCCGGGUGGGAGCGGAGCCGGGGAAGGGGCAGGCGGCGGCGGGCGAGGGCGCCGCGGAGGGCGGAGGGGGCGACGCGCCCGGGGACCCCGCGCCGCUGGCCGCGCUGGUGGCGCUGCACCGGCUCCGCGCGAGGGCGCCCCCGGACCCCGCGCCCCAGGAUGCGGGUCCCCGUCGCCCAAACCUCAAGGAAAGGCUCCUCCGCGUGGCCCGGGCCCUGGGCCUCCUGCGCUGGCUCUGGCGGCUGCUCGGGCUGCGCGGGGGCGCGGGGCCGGGGCCGGGGCCGGGGCCGGGGGCGGCGGCACCGGGGGGCGAGGGCCCGGGGCGCGCGCGGGGGCUGCGGCGCCGUCUGGGGCAGCGCCUGGCCGGCGUCGUGGGACUCCGGGGGCGGCCGCGGGCUCCCCCUGCCGGCGGCCCGGGCUCCCCGCAGGUCGCGCAGAGCCCGGCCUGCCCGGACCCGACCCCGGACCCCAAGUUCGCGGUCGUGUUCCCCAGGAUCCACCGGGCGGGGCGGGCACCGAGCAGCCGGAGCUCGGAGGACGCGUCCGCGGGCGCCCCCUCCAGGCAGGGGCGCGUCUGGCCCGGGGCAGGGGCCGCAGGGGCCGGGGAGGGGCGCCGGGAGAGCGGGGAGGGGGCGGCGGGCCCCCCGCGGGACGGCAGCGGCUCCGGCAGCGAAGCGGAGCCCGGGACCGCGGCGGCGGCGGCUCCGGGGCACUGGGCGCGGGACCCCGGCGCCCGCGAUGACCCCGGGCCCGGCGCCGGCGCGCUGCUGCCCCAGCUCACCCUGGAGAAGCGGCCGGGCCCCUCCCGGCCCCGCGGGGACCCCUGGGAGCCGGAGGACGAGGCGGAGGAGGCGCUGGAGAGGGAGCUGGAGCUGAGCCUGGGGCCGGGCCUGGAGGCGCCGUGCUUCCCGGGCGCCGCGGGCAGGCCCCCAGGGGCCCUCCUGGAGGACACCGAGGACCUGGCCCGGCUGCGGUGA